GUAAUUUUUCUGCUGUGCUCACGUUUGUGUUCAAACCAUGGUCAAAGUCGAGAUUGUCGAAGAAAAAGACGCAGAGUCCUCGGGCAAUUCUCCUUAUGCUUCCUCAUCCUCGUCACGUCAUUCUUCUCAAGAAUCUAUAUCCUCGAUCUCUUCCGAGCUUUCUGCAGAAGAAUCCUUGUAUGACCGCAUAAGCGCACUGGUAGACAUAGUGCCUCCCACAACCAGACAUAGCAUUUCUACCAAGGUUUCAAAAGCCGCGUCAUUCUUCAAGACCAGCGGAAAAGUCGUUGGUAACAUAGUCUGGAUUGUCACCACUUCUGCUCUUCUCGUGGGGCUUCCCCUUGCGUUGAGUUUGGAAGAUGAGGCAAAGAUAGUUGCGCAGGAACGUGAAAUGAUGGCACAACAACAAGGCGCUCAGCAGAUGCUUUCGUCUGGAUCAGCUUACCCACCGCCACCCGGCUCAAACCAGGCACCUCAAAAGGGUAUCGUGCCGCCCGGUUUCUGAUCAAGAGUUUGACUUGCAGCCCGUUUUUAAGCCGCUCCUUCCGCUUGCUAGCAGUUAAACUCAGAUACUUUGUGCCCACGUGUAUCCUAUACAUACUUCUCUCGCGUUCCGCAGUAUACGCAUCCCCGGCAGAAACACAUCAUGUCUCCCAGUGAAUCAUCACCCACGUGCUAUCAGAUCAUGCUAUAAUAAAACUCUACUCAGUUCAUUAAGCAGUUCACUCACGUAUGCUUUCAUUUCACUUAAGUUCAGGUGGCAUU